UUUGGUCACACUGUCGCGUGUAUCAUAAUCGAGUUGAGUCGUUCGCAGUUUAGUCCAGAAAAGUUUUCAUCCAAAUUUAUUCUUAUUGUGACAAACAACAACGAAUUAGUGUUCAGCAAUCAGUUAAAUUAAUCCAAUGCAGCAUAGUAACUGUGUUUGUGUGUGGGUGUGCGCGAAACAGCAUCAAAUUAUACAAGUUUAAAACGCGAAAAAUUUGAACACCCAAACAAAUAUUGAUUUUUUCAUAGAAAAAAGGCCCCGCGAGUGUUGUUCUUAUUGUUGUGUUUUGUGCGUGCCAGUUAACUACCAAAAGAAGAAGAAAAAGAAAAAGCAAAAAGUAUAAGAAGAAAUAAAACUGCCAAGAAAAUCGAAAAGCAACGACAACGAAACGCGCAUCAGUAAAUUUCCACAAAUUUGUAAUUAAAUUGCUGCCUGAAUUCCCGUCUACCCCGCCGAACCAUUUGAUUUACAGUAACUCUUGUUCUUCUUGUUAUUGUGGUUGUCUGCUGGAAGUUCGUCAACGAGAAACAUAAGCACAACGAGCGUCAGUCAACGCACUGAGAGUUUUGUCUGCAUAUGAAAAAAAAACCGGGCAGGCUAAGUAUUUAGUGUGGUGGAGCGACUGACAUAUGCCAAUAUACAACAAUUUAAGGAUAGUACACAAAAGAAAGUAAGGCCGAAAAGUAAAAACAGAAAAAAAUCAGACAAACAAUGCCGCAAUCAGAGGGCGGCUAUGUAUCGCUGCCAGCGAUGAAUGGCAAUGGUAGCGCCAUCUAUCAGUCCACCACAGAACCACAGUUAGCAUCGCCAAACUCUGUCUUUGAGAGCAUGAGGCGUGCUUUUGGUCAGGCGAUCAAAUCCUCUCCUGGAGAAAACGAGGAGCUGGUGCGCAUGGAUCGGCCGGUGGUCAUUGUUGGUGGUGGUACCAGUAUUUAUUUCAGAGACCGCGACAAAACUGGUAAGACACUGAACACCAAGAUGCCAUCAGCACCAACACACACUGCCGAGGAGGCACAUCUGCUAGGCACUAUGCCCGUGGAUCCAAUGGAUGACAUCGAACUGCGCUCGGUGCAGCUGCAAUUCCCCAAUGCGCGCGGCUCCAUUUUGGAGGCCUGCGAACAGCGACGCGUGCCCACAGACAAGGGGGACGUACAUGUGGCCAUACAGGGCGACACCUCCAAGCCGGCCAUAGUGACCUAUCACGAUUUGGGACUCAACUAUGCCACCAGUUUUGCGGGCUUCUUCAAUUAUCCAGUCAUGCGCGGCUUGCUGGAGAACUUUUGUGUGUAUCAUGUAACUGCACCCGGACAGGAGGAAGGCGCGCCUACAUUGCCAGAGGACUAUGUGUAUCCAACCAUGGAUGAUUUGGCAGCACAGCUGCUGUUUGUGCUAUCGCAUUUUGGACUAAAGUCGGUGAUUGGCUUUGGCGUCGGUGCUGGGGCCAAUAUACUGGCACGUUUUGCCCAUGCUAAUCCGGAUAAGGUGGGCGCCCUGUGCCUAAUUAACUGUGUGUCGACGCAAUCAGGCUGGAUCGAAUGGGGCUAUCAGAGUUUCAAUGCGCGCUUCUUGCGCACCAAGGGCAUGACACAGGGCGUCAUUGAUUAUCUGAUGUGGCAUCAUUUCGGACGCAAUCCGGAGGAGCGCAACCAUGAUCUGGUGCAGAUGUACAAGCAGCACUUCGAGCGUGGCGUCAAUCCCACUAAUCUGGCCAUGCUCAUCAAUGCGUAUAUUCAUCGCAACGAUUUGCAUUUGGCGCGCACACCGCCGGGCACACCUGGAGCAGAGACGGCAGCGACUACGCUAAAAAUGCCCGUUAUCAAUAUAACGGGUUCGCUGUCACCGCACGUGGACGAUACGGUGACAUUCAAUGGCCGAUUGGAUCCAACUAAUUCGUCCUGGAUGAAGAUCUCUGAUUGCGCCAUGGUGUUGGAGGAGCAACCGGCUAAGCUGGCUGAGGCCUUCCGGCUGUUCUUGCAGGGCGAGGGCUAUGCAACGCCGCUGUCAACGCCAGCUAGCUCUCCCUGCGGCACCAAAUAUCACACGUAUUCAUCGAUAUUCUUUGCCAACUUUCGCGAGCAACAAUUGCAGGCUGCUCAGGAGCGAGAGCGAGAGCGCCAGCUGCAGUUGAGCUUGCGUAUCGGCAAUCGACUGCGAGAGACGGCAAUCGAUUGCAGCGGCAGAAGCAGCGACAGCAGCAACAGCAACAGCAGCAACAACAAUGCUAACAAUGACCCGACUAGCGAAGAUGAUCUGGAUGCAGAGAAUGGCAAUGGGAAUGGCAAUCGGGCAUAUGUGACCACGGAUACAUCCGGUACGCUCUACUUUGGCACACAAAGCAACAAGAUACGCAUCACUGAGAAUCCACUGCCCGAGCCGAUUAGCUCUUAGAUUGUCAAAAGUAACUCUUAUACUUAAAUAAAACAUACACACACUCAACCAAAGAGAGCAAGAGACGCG